AUGAAUAACAAUGUAUUUGAAUCUAUAUUAUUAUCCAAGCAACUUCAACAAAAAAAAUUAUUGAAGCAAAAUCGUAAGCGUCGUGCUUUAAUCAGUACUCGCCGUAUUCGUCUUGAUACAACAUACACUAAUGUGUCUAGUACUUCGUCAAAUAUAUUAGAUGAAUUUACUGAAAGCAAUUUUACACCAUCAAACAUUUAUCAACAUAUAUUAACUAGUGAUAUUGAUAACGGUCGACAUGAUAAAUCAAAUGAAUUAAACAAUCAUCCAAUAGUACAUGAUAGUUUAAGUGAAUUAAAUAAUAUAUCAAUUACAGAUGAUGAUGACAAUGAUUCUUAUAUUGAAGCAUAUGACUCCAACGAUUCAGAUGAAUUUAAUGUAUUAAAUGAUGAGAAAUAUCUAUAUGAAAAUUUUGAUUAUAAUUUAAAUUCAUGCUUUACUUUAUUGAAUCAAAAUCUUCACAACUGGACAAAUAUAUCAACUCAAGAAUUUUGUGCAAAAUUACUUCGUUUGCUACGCGACGCCAAAAUAUGUAAAUCUCAAACAGAUAAAUUAAUUCAAUUGAUAUAUUCUGGUUUACCUACUCCAAAUAACAUGCCAAAAUCAAUGAAACAAAUUUUAGCUAAAAUGCAAGUUCAAGAAUUGUUUUCAAAAUCAGAAGUUUGUGCAGCAUGUUACAUGAAUAUUAAUGAUCAUCAUGGCAAAAUAUGUUCAACUACAGGAUUGAAAAAUAUAAAUAUUUUUGAUACUCAUGUUAAAACAGCUUUCUUAUUUCUGUUAAAUCGUUUAUGGUCAACAAUUAAAGAAUACAAGCAGCAAAUCAGUUUAAACACAAAUAACAACUACAACGAUAUUCCAUUUAAUAUAUUAUAUCGUAAAAUGGUGAAAAAUAUGAAAGAUAAAGAAUUUAUUAGCAUCAUGUUACAUGUUGAUGGCAUAUCCAUCUGUAAAUCAAAGAAAAUGAAAUUAUGGUUAUUAAGUGGUGUCAUCAUUGAAUUACCUCCACAUUUAAGGUACAGAAGAUGCAACAUGAUUUUAUUAUCAAUAUAUAUUGGUACUAAUGAACCAAAACCAAAACCAUGGCUAAAGUCUUGCUUUUUUCAACUACAUCAAAUUAAGAAUGAAGGUGUCGUGUUGUCGAAUGGGAUUCGUUGUAGAGUGCUUUUUUAUUCAAUUAUUGGUGAUUGUCCAGCGUUGAAAAUGAUUUUGGAAUUUAUUGCUCAUAAUGGAUACUUUUGUUGUUUUUACUGUUAUAUUCACGGUAUUCAUGUGGGUGGUGCUGGUGGAAAGAGACAAUAUUUCUAUGAAGAUGGAAUCCAACUUCGAGAUCCAACCACUUAUGCUUUAGAAUCAAUAAAAGCUGCUGAAACUUCAAAGAACGUGUAUGGUCAUUUAGGUCGAUCAAUCCUCCAUGAUUUAUUGGAUGUACCUUUACCAUAUUCGAUUAUUUCCGAUUAUUUACAUUGUACUUUGCUGCGACAUACGCGAGUUAUUGUAAAACAAAUUUAUAAAAGUUUAUCACCUCAACAAAGAAGUCGUUUUGAUGAUCAAUUACGUACACAAAAAUUCCCCCAUACUUUCAACCGAAAAUUACGUCCUGUUAGUGAUUUUGCAUUCAUUAAGGGUACAGAGUUAAAAAAUUUGCUCUUAUAUGGUCUACUUCCAAAUCUUUUACCAUAUCUUUAUGAAGAACGAUUAGGUCAUAUUGCAUUGUUUGUUUGUUUUAUCAGGCUUUUACAUGGAAAAAAAAUAUUCGGUGAACAUACAAGUGCAAAAGCAAAAGAACUUUUUAUAAAAUACUAUGAAAAUCAUGGACAAUUCUUCGACAAUGUACAGGAUUUUACUCUACAUGUUCAUUUACAUUUUGAUCGAUUAUUUGAUCAACAUGGAAGCUUAUGUCAUCUUGCAACAUUUGGUCAAGAAGAUUUUAUUGGUUCAGUUAGUAAGAAUUUUCAUGGAACUCGUUUUCAUGGUGAACUUAUCACGUAUUACUACGAAAUCGAUUUUGCCUUACGAAAUAUAAUACAGAUAAAUGAUCCAUCUACUUCACAUGGUCCUGAUGGACCCUUUGAUCAAGCAGAAUUAACAUUAGCUUUAUUUAAUGAUAUAAAUCAGCAUCAUCUUAUGGUCUGCAGUUGUAAUAAGCCAUACCAAUGUAUACAAAUAUUUCGUCGAUGUAUGGUUGAUAAAAAAAUAUAUCAUUCACUGAUCUAUUCCCGUCGAAAAUCAUCAGUAAGUUAUUUCGUUCAAUAUCGUCAAAAUCAAUAUGAUAACUGUUUCGGAAAGAUAAAAUUUUUCUUUACUAUUAACAAUGAAAAUUAUGCUGUUAUUGAAAAUCAUGAGGUAAAAACGAAAUUCAGCCAAUUUUUUAAAUCAUCUUCUUAUUAUAAUUUAUUGGCAAAAACAAUUGAUUAUUUCUUCUUUGUUCUGUGUACAUCUGUAUCAUCAAUACAAUGUGUAUCUUUAUCGUCAAUUGAAAAUUAUUGUAUUGUUUUCGAAAAUAUUCAUCAUUUUAUUGUAACUCCAUUAUCUAUUGACUAUGAACAUGACUAA